AUGGCAGGGGAGUCCAGCCUCCAGGAGCCUGGUUUGGAGGAGCUGCUGACCAGAGCAUCGCCCCCGUACCCCGCGGGGCCGGAGCCGGGCAUCCUUCGGGGCAGCGCCGGGCAAAGGGGCGGACAGGACCCGGGCCUGUCCCCCGGGGUCAAAGCUGAGAUGCACCUUCUCAGCCCCGAAGCCCCGUCCUCGGGGGGAGAAGACGAUACGGACAGUCGCGACGGGAAAGGCAAGUCACCGGACCCCUUGUCCCAGAGGAGGAGCGUCACCCAGCUGAUGAAGGAGAAGAAGAAGCAAACGCAGCUCACCCUGCAAUGGCUGGAGGAGAACUACAUCGUGUGUGAAGGCGUUUGCUUACCUCGCUGCAUCCUCUACGCCCACUACCUGGAUUUCUGCAGGAAGGAGCACCUGGAGCCAGCCUGCGCCGCUACCUUCGGCAAGACGAUUCGCCAGAAGUUUCCCCUCCUGACCACGAGGCGUCUUGGGACAAGAGGCCACUCAAAGUAUCACUACUACGGGAUCGGCAUUAGGGAGAGCAGUGCCUACUAUCACUCCGUCUACUCUGGGAAAGGCCUGACCAGGUUCUCCGGGAGUAAGCUGAAGAAUGAGGGUGGUUUCACACGCAAAUACUCUCUCAGCUCCAAAACGGGAACCCUCCUUCCAGAAUUCCCCAGCACACAGCACCUCGUGGACCAGGGUUGCUUGGCUACAGACAAGGUGGACACUCUCAUCAUGAUGUACAAAACUCACUGCCAGUGUGUGCUUGACAACGCCAUCAACGGGAACUUCGAUGAGAUCCAGCAUUUUUUAUUACACUUCUGGCAAGGGAUGCCCGACCACCUCCUCCCCUUGCUCGAAAACCCAGUCAUUGUGGAUAUUUUCUGUGUCUGUGACUCAAUUUUGUACAAGGUUCUUACAGAUGUCCUCAUUCCUUCUACAAUGCAAGAGAUGCCUGAGAGCUUACUAGCAGACAUAAGGAAUUUUGCGAAAAAUUGGGAGCAGUGGGUCAUUUCGUCCUUGGAGAACCUGCCAGACACCCUCAGUUCUAAGAAGCUCCCAAUCGCCCGGAGAUUUGUGUCUUCACUGAAGCGGCAGACGUCCUUCCUGCACUUGGCACAGAUUGCCAGACCCGCCCUCUUUGACCAGCAUGUCGUGAACUCCAUGGUGUCCGACAUAGAAAAAGUUGACUUGAAUAGCAUUGGCUCCCAGGCUCUGCUCACAGCCUCCAGCGGUGCAGAUCCUCAAUGUGAAGUCUAUACCGAAAAUGACUCCAUAUCAGUUUUCCACGAACUGAAGGAUCUGCUGAAGAAGAACGCCACCGUGGAGUCCUUCAUCGAGUGGCUGGACACUGUGGUGGAGCAAAAAGUGAUCAAGACCAGCAAGCAGACAGGGAGGUCCCUGAAGAAGAGGGCCCAGGACUUCCUUCUGAAGUGGAGUUUUUUCGGGGCCCGAGUGAUGCACACGCUCACCCUGAACAAUGCAUCCAGUUUUGGAUCUUUUCACUUGAUCCGCAUGCUGUUGGACGAGUACAUUCUGCUGGCCAUGGAGACGCAGUUCAACAACGACAAAGAGCAGGAGCUCCAGAACCUGCUGGACAAAUACAUGAAGAAUUCGGAUGCCAGUAAGGCUGCCUUCACCGCCUCCCCGAGUUCCUGCUUCUUGGCCAACCGCAACAAGGCCGGCCUCCUGGCUGCCGACGCUUCGGUCAAGAACGAGUGUCUCGCGGAGACCAACUACGCACCUCUGCCUUCCGGCCAGCAUGGUGGCCUGCCCUCUGCGCUUCCUGCCUUCCCGGAAGGGGAGGCUGAGGCGUUGCAGCUCCCAGGUCUCAUGGAGAUUCCUCAGGGCACCGUUCCCCUGGGGACCCCCCCGACCUCCCCAGCCAUGGCAAGCAGAGGGAGCGUCAUCAGCCAGGGGCCCGUGGCAGGGAGGCCACAGAGUGUGGCCCAAGAGCUCCCAGUGCCAGCUCACUGCCCUGCCUACCUGGAGCCCACCUAUCAGACUCUCCCACCAGCCAGCCAGGGCUAUUUUGGGGCAGGUCCCGGCUUCCCAACCGUGUUCAGGGCCCAGUCCCACCCACCGCCAGCCACUUACCACCAGCCCAGGGCUGAGCCCGGCCGCUUCAUGGCCUUGAGUGACCAGCAACUGCCCAGGGAGUAUUUCGGAAGCAGCUGCACGGGACCUCCCUACCACGGCCGCUCACCGCCGCACUACGGGCCGCCCGCGAGCGUUCCCGAGCCCCACGGUGUCCCGUACCUGAAUUCGGGAACCUUCAACUUCCUGAGCAACGCCAUGCCUGGGAACUGCCAGGGAUCUACUUACCCGCCCAACACGCCGAAUGGAUACUACGGCACCAACGUGAACUACCCCGAGCCACCCAGGCUGGGCUCGAUGGUCGACCAGCAUGUUUCUGUCAUCAGCAGCGUGAGCAGCCUGCGCUCCCUGCCUCCUUACAGCGACAUUCAUGACCCGCUCAACAUCCUGGAUGACGGUGGGAGAAAGCCAACUACCCCUUAUUAUGCAACCACCUCACCUUGCGGAGGCUGCCGGACUCCAGCAGGAACUUCCGGCCUGCCUGCUGCCAUUCCCCCCUCUUCCUCUUCCUCUUCCUCCUCCUCCUCCUCUUCGCAGUGCAUGUAUGGACCCUCAGCGCAGUACCCCUCUCAGCCUCCGCUGGACCCCCACAGCCCGGAAGGCCGGGAAAUGGUUUCGUCUUUACCACCGAUCAAUACCGUGUUCAUGGGUGCGGCUGCCGGGGGCACCUAG